AUGUAUAACGCCGUGGCCGAAAACGUUCUCGGCACCAUCGGUACCGUUCUCUGGUGUAUCCAAUUGAUUCCUCAGAUCAUAAGGAAUUACAGAACGAAAGACUGCACCGGCUUGCCGCCAAUGAUGAUGUCUCUCUGGGCCCUCAGUGGUAUUCCAUUUUCCAUUUACUUCUUUGGUACUGAUGGCUCCAUUCCCUUAAGAGUCCAGCCACAGCUCUUCACGUUGUUUUGCACCAUUUCGUGGGCUCAGACCUUAUAUUAUCCGCCCGUCCAGAUCUCUAGACUUCGCCUCUGCCUCGCGGUUGGUAGCUUCUGCUUGUUGGCCAUCGGCAUGGAGAUUGGCUUCAUUUUAUGGCUUCGUCCACUUUACAGAGACGGUAAAACAUGGCCAAUGCUUGUGAUUGGAAUCAUAGCAUCUAUUCUUCUUGCUCUUGGCUUGGUUCCACCCUACUUUGAACUUGCGAAGAGAAAGGGCCGUGUGGUGGGCAUCAACUUUGUUUUUCUCUCCUUGGACUCUGGCGGAGCCUUGUUCUCGCUUUUGAGUGUUGUAGUGGGCACCAUGGACAUCAUGAGUUUGAUUCUCUAUGCCAUUGUUCUUGCUAUGGAAAUCGGCAUUUUCCUUAGCCAGAUCAUUUGGUACAUUACUGGUGGAAGAGAAAUCAUAAGGCAGGAGAAGCUAGAUGAAAAUUUUGACAGGAAGGAAGAGCUUUCAAAGGAGCUUACGCGAGAGAACACAUCAGAGAUCUCGAACCUGUCAUAG